UCUCUCGUUAUGUUUUUCGGGUUUCCCACUCCCAUUGCUCUGCUUUGUUCGUAACUUCCGCUCGAGCGCGACGAUGACCGCAGCGGAACUCGGGAUCCAGUCCUCGUAUCCCAACGGCGCUGGCGAUUCGCAGGCCAACGGCGGCCUCGCCUCCGCGGCCGCCGCCGAGAAGAAGAAGGCUCGGGACAGCGAGCGCCGCCGCCGGAGGCGGAAGCAGAAGAAGAACAACAAGCGCUCGUCUGCCCCGGCCGAGGAGGCCGGAGACGAGAGCGACGGUUUUGAAGGAGGAGCCGAAGGCGAUGCCAAGGAAAACUCUGAUCCCCGGCCGCAGGUUGAGGUAUCAGUUGAAGUGGAGUAUGUUCCAGAGAAGGCUGAUGUAGAAGAAAGCUUCCUCGAGGAUUUCAAGAGCGUACUUGAGAAGUUUAGCUUCCAGGACGCUGCCUCUGCGGAGGACGAUGACAAAAAGGAUGAGGCUGCCGGUAAUGCGGCAGCCAAGAAGAAAGGAGAUUCUGACUCAGAGGAAGAAGAGCAGGAAGCACAGCAGAAGGAGAAAGGUCUGUCGAAUAAGAAGAAAAAGCUUCAAAGAAGAAUGAAAAUUGCAGAUCUGAAACAAAUAUGCUCAAGGCCAGAUGUGGUUGAGGUGUGGGAUGCAACAGCUGCAGAUCCCAAGAUUCUUGUUUUUCUUAAGUCAUAUCGCAAUACGGUACCUGUUCCAAGGCAUUGGUGCCAAAAGCGGAAGUUUUUACAGGGAAAACGAGGCAUUGAGAAACAGCCUUUUCAACUUCCCGACUUCAUUGCUGCAACAGGAAUUGAAAAAAUAAGACAGGCAUAUAUAGAAAAAGAGGACAGCAAGAAGCUGAAACAGAAGCAGCGUGAACGCAUGCAACCAAAGAUGGGAAAGAUGGAUAUAGACUAUCAGGUCCUGCAUGAUGCCUUCUUCAAGUAUCAGACUAAACCAAAGUUAACGACACUUGGUGAUCUCUAUUUCGAGGGAAAAGAGUUUGAGGUCAAGCUUAGGGAAAUGAAGCCAGGUAUGUUGUCACGGGAGCUGAAAGAGGCACUUGGUAUGCCUGAUGGUGCACCACCUCCAUGGCUGAUUAAUAUGCAGAGGUAUGGCCCGCCACCCUCCUAUCCACAAUUGAAAAUUCCUGGUUUAAAUGCACCUAUUCCUCCAGGAGCUAGUUUUGGCUAUCAUCCUGGUGGUUGGGGCAAACCCCCUGUUGACGAAUAUGGGCGUCCAUUAUAUGGUGAUGUUUUUGGGGUUCAACAACAAGAACAACUCAAUUACGAGGAAGAGCCAGUUGAUCGGAGCAAGCAUUGGGGAGACUUGGAGGAAGAGGAGGAGGAGGAGGAAAUGGAAGAAGAAGAAGAAGAAGAAGAAGAGAUGGAAGAGGAGGAACUGGAAGCUGGCAUGCAAUCUGUGGACAGCCUUUCUAGCACUCCUACCGGUGUUGAGACACCUGAUGUUAUCGACCUUCGGAAGCAGCAAAGGAAGGAGCCUGAGAAACCCUUAUAUCAAGUUUUGGAGGAGAAAGAAGAAAGGAUUGCUCCUGGGACACUGCUUGGAACGGGUCACACAUAUGUGCUUGGGGCACAGGAGAAGAUGGGUGCUAAGAGGGUUGAUCUUCUACGAGGUCAAAAGUCGGACAAAGUGGAUGUCACAAUACAGCCUGAGGAACUGGAAGUUAUGGAUGACGUUUUGGCGGCCAAGUAUGAAGAAGCCCGGGAAGAAGAGAAGUUGCGGAACCAGAAGGAGGACUUCAGUGACAUGGUUGCAGAGCAGGCUGCAAACAAGAGGAAGCGCAAGGAGAAAGAAGGGAAAUCAAAGAAGAAAGAUUUUAAAUUCUAGUUCGACACCAACUGUGGCUCCAUAUAUGAUAUAUAUAUGCCGAAACGUGUCAAGUGGUGGAACUCACAGGGGCAUAUGGAGGGGGCCAGGAACAAAGUUGGUAUGUAUCUUGUACCGUUUUGAUGGACAAAUUUUGGUGAAGGGCUAAUACUCUUUUUUCUCGACAAGUUCUUCUAGGUGAUGGGCGCUGUUGUUAUUUUCACGAAUCAUAAUAUGUAUUUACUGCUUACAGUAUUUAAUUCUUUUGGAUGUUGUGGGGCUGGCUUA